AUUUAUAUUUUAUUGGGGUCGCCAGUGAGUUGUGUUGUUAUUUUCGGAAUAAAAAACCAUGUCUACCUUUAAAAGAUAUUUAAGUGACAAAGAACUCGAAGAGAUUGUAAGACGCUACGAAAGAGGGAAGAGGAUAGUGACUAUAGUAAUAAUGACUUGGGUGAUAGUGGAAGUGAAGCUGAAGAUCAUCAGGAGGAAGAAGAAGUAGAGGCGGACGAAAUGGUGUAUGAGCCUACUAAAGACCAGUCAUCCGACGGUGAGAUACCGUUAGCAGAUCUAUAAAGAUAAGUGAUUUAUGGAAAAAAUGGUUACAAAUGGAACUCGAAACCUUUUCAUGCAAAACAUUCACGAACAAUAAAGAAAAGUUUGGUUCUGCAUAUUCCUGGGUCUAAAGGGGCAGCACAUACUGCGAAAACCGAAGAUGAGGUGUGGAAAUUAUUUUUUGACGAGAACAUGCAUACAAUUGUUACUUAUACAAAUGUAGAAAUAAGCAGAAAUCAGACACAGCUUUCAAGAUCACAAAGAUAUACAGGACAGACCGAUAAAACGGAAUUAGAAGCAUCUUUUGGUUUACUAUACAUAAGUGGUUUAUUGAAGAAUAGUCAUGUUAACCUAGAGGAGCUGUGGCCUAAAAAGUAUGGCGCACCAAUUUUUAGAGCAACCAUGAGCAAAAACAUGUUUUCUUUGCUUAUAAAAAAUCUUCGAUUAGAUGACAAUGCUACCCGAAAAAAAAGGAAAGAAUUAGAUAAAUUUUGUGCUAUUCGCGAUAUUUGGGAAAGAUAUGUUGAAAAUUGUCGAAAUAAUUACACGCCAUCGGAAUACGUUACUGUUGAUGAACAACUUAUUGGAUUUCGAGGCUGCUGUCCAUUUCGCAUGUAUAUCCCAAAUAAGCCUGAUAAAUACGGCAUCAAGAUAAUGAUGUUGUGUGAUGCAAAAACCUUCUACAUGUUUUCAGCAAUUCCAUAUAUUGGCGAAAAAGAUCGUCCAACUAACCUUCCAUUACCCACAGAAUAUGUUCUAAAAUUAUCCGAACCAAUUCACAAAACUAAUAGGAAUAUCACGGUAGAUAAUUGGUUUUCCUCUAUGGACAUGGCAAAAUCAUUGAAGGAAGUAGGAAUAACAUUUGUAGGUACCCUAUGGAAAAAUAAACCAGAAAUUUCAACCCAAUUUCUUAAACCAUAAAUAUUAGAGCCUAACAGAUUUGCUUUCGAUGGAGAAGUAGUUUUGGUGUCUCAUACUGCCAAAAAAAAUAAGGUAGUAAUACUCAUGUCAACAAUGCAUAACGGUAACGAGGUUGACUAGAAUUCAGGACUAGAAUUCAGGGAAAUAUGAAAUUAAUUUAUUUUAUAAUGCUACCAAAGGUGGAAUCGAUGUUUUUGACCAGCUAUGUCACAGUAAGUCCGUAUCAAGAAGAACGAAAAGAUGGCCUCUUAGAGUAUUAUACGGUAUGCUUGAUGGGGGUGCUGUGAAUUCUUCUGUGAUCUACCAAGCCAAUAGUUUUAACACUAUGAAAAUACCGCGGUGAAUGUUCCUAAUGCAGCUAGCUGAAGAGCUUGCCAAAGAACACAUGAAGGGGAGGCCUGAAAUAACAAAUGUAUCACUGGUAUUUGAUAUAGCAGAAAGGGAUAUUGUAAACCAAAUACCACCUAUACUGGAAAUCAAAGGAAACAAACGCUGCUCCAGAUGUCCCAGAACUGAAGACAGAAAAGGCAGAGAUAACUGUGUAACAUGCAAGCGUAA